AUGGCGGACAACGACAAUCUGCGUACGGCGUCGCUGUACAUCAACAAUCAGUUGCUCUCGCGAGGUCUCCUUCGCGAUGGCCAGACAAUCAACUUCGCCGAUCCGGAGGACAACCCGGGCGGCACCGAGGCCACCAUGGGCAAGAUCAUGAGCAUUGUCAAUGAUUUGAUCUUGCGCAGAGACCGCGACGCCGAGAACCGCGAGAACCUCUCCACCACCCUGCGCACCGUCCGCGCCGAAAACCUCCGAUACACGAACGACAUAUCACGCCUUUCGGAGAAGAACACCGAGGCCCAGCGGAAGCUCGACAUCAGCGAGGCCACCGAGAACACAUUACGAACCCAGCUCAAGUCGGCCGACGCCGCCGUCCGCGGUCUCAAGGACGAGGUGGCUCGCGCCAAGACCCUAGUGGCCCAGACCCGCGCCUCAUGCGCGACCGAAGUCCGACGCCGCGACCGUCAGAUUGACGGUUUGAAGAAGCAACUCGGCGACGCCGGUCGUCCCCGCGGCGCCGCAAAGAGCUCGGCCGUCACCGUCAUCAGCGUUGUCGCCGGCGAGGGCGAGGAGAAGGUGUCACCCAGACGCGUGGGUAAGGCCGGCGCGAGCACGGACGACUCCAACUACGGCCUUCGCAGCGAGACGAACGAGUUCCUGACGGAUCUGGCGAGAAACCUGAGCGAUGAAAACGAAACCCUCCUGGCCCUGGUCCGACGGACGACGAAACGCCUGCGCGAAAUGAGCGGCUGCGAUGUCCGGACAAGUCAAGGUGAUGGGCAUGCCGUCGCACUCCCCACCGCCGAGGACGUGACUUUCGAGCUGGACGCCAUUCUUGAGCAUCUGCGCUCCAUUCUGACGAACCCCUCGUUCGCCCCUAUCGAGGAGGUCGAGAUCCGUGAGGAGGAGAUUGCCCGCCUGCGCGCCGGCUGGGUCAAGAUGGAGAACCGCUGGCAGGAGGCCGUCCACCUCAUCGAUGGCUGGCGGCGGCGUAUGGUUGCCGACGGCAAGUCUGUCAACAUGGAGGAGCUCAAGAUGGGUCUUCGACUGAGCCCCGUGCGCGUUCGCGAUGUUGAGGAGACGCAACAGGGCGGAGUGGACAUGCAGGAGCUUUCAUGCGUCCAGGAAGAGUGUACUGCUGACCUUGAAGAGUACGAAGGAGAAGACCAGGAAGAGGAGGAGGAGGAGGAAGAAGAGGACCAGUCUAUGCCCGACUCUCCCUGCCCCGCUCCGCAGAGAGUCGAGUCUCUGCAUCUCGUUCCCGCUCCGGACCGACACUAUGCGGCUCCCGAAGAGGAAGAAUGCAACGAAGAGGACCAACAGAGCGACUAUGAGUCGAGUAUCUUUGAGGACGCCAACGUUGAAGAAGUCGACGUGGAGGAGCCCAAUGUCCAGAUCCUCCAACAGUCUACUGCUUUCCUGAGCUCUCCUCCUCUGCCGCCUCCUCCUCAGCUGAGCCCGCUCCGCGAAAUGCCAUCUGCCGGCAACCGCGAUGCCCGGUCGAGGCGCGAGAGACAGGGAGACCAUCACAUGACGGCGGUCGAGAAGCAUCGCACCAUCCGCGCCGUCGACACCGCCGCUCCCAAGCCGCCGCCCCAUCUCGUCCAGCUCCCGAGAUCCCCGCAGAAGCAUUCUCACCCAGUUGACGACCGCUCCCGCACUACUUCUGCUGCCUCGAUCGAAUCCAGCUCAACCCACAACGGCGCGCCCCUCAUCACACCAUCCGGAACCCCGCCACCGCCCGAUGUGAACAAAACACCUACAGCUCGCAAGCUUCCAAAGCCGCCGCGUUUGGUGGCAGCAGCAGCUCCUGCGGCGCCGUCGCCCGUGGUAUCCGCACCAAAGGAGAACCUGUCUCCAGUCAAGACUGUCCGCACAGUUUCCCAGGAGAGCCAGGAGAGCUUAACCAGCCAGGAAAGCUGCGACAUGGCGCCUCCUGCGCCUGCCAUACAGCCCAACGACACCAACAAAGCCGCGACACCGCACCGUACUCCUCUCCGUCGCGUCCCCUCCCGUCUCCCCCUCCCUCGUCCAUCGGACCCGCCACCACAGCAGAGUCCCCUGACGAUGGCCACCAUCGCAGCCAAGCUUGCCGCCUCCGAGCGCGAAGCCGACGCAGCACGCGUCCGUGCCAAGCUCAAGGCCGCCCGCGGAGGCGCCCUCAGCAAACCCACGCCCGCGACCCAGCAGCAGCAACAGCCAAUGCCGGCCCCUCCCCCGCCAGAGACCAUCGUGGCGAUGCCAGCAGAGCCGCAGCACCUCAACGGCUCGCCCGCGAGGACAACGUCGGAGGACCAAGACCUCGACCCCGUCAAGCGCGAUCUCCCGCAGGACGAGGACCAGGAACAUGCGCAGCCGCAGCCCGUGAAGCGCAAGCGCGACAGGCGCGCGAGCAAAGUUGCGUCGCGGAGGCGGAGCACGCUCAGCCCGUGGGAGAUGGAGAGUCUCAUCUCGGGUCAAGUCGCUGUCCCACCAUCGCCUUCGCGGUGA